UCUCACUCAAGUUUGCCCCUUUGAGAGGGAGCGGUUACCUCUCAGCUCAGCUCAGCUACAGAAGUGCGACUCAGCAUCAGUGGGUGACAGCUCCUGGGUCUUCUCCUGCCCAGCCUCCUCUGAGACAGCUACAGUAGCCACUGUUUGUGGUUUACCUCCCUUUGUCUGGGAAGAAAAAGAAAAGCCUUGGGGACCUACUACUGCUGUUCCAGGCUAAAGAAAUGUCAACAAUUGGGAGCUUUGAAGGAUUCCAGCCUGUGUCUCUGAAGCAAGAGGAAGAGGACCAACCCUCCGAAAAUGACCACUUGUCCACAAAGGAUGGGAAUUCAGGCAAGGACCCAGGAUCAAGGAGGAUUUCAAGACAGCAGAGUAUGACUAAAGCAACACUGUACCCCAAUCCUUAUCGCCAGCCCUAUGUUUCACGGAAGUACUUUGUUACACGGCCAGGGGCCAUUGAGACUGCUGUGGAAGAUUUGAAAGACCACAUAGCACAGACUUCUGGGGAGACUGUUCAAGGCUUCUGGCUCCUGACAGAGAUUGAUCACUGGAACAAUGAGAAGGAGAAGAUCCUGCUACUCACAGACAAGACCCUCUUGAUCUGCAAAUAUGACUUCAUCAUGCUCAGCUGUGUGCAGAUGCAGCAGGUUCCCCUGAACGCCAUCUGCCGCCUCUGUCUGGGCAAGUUUGUUUUCCCAGGGAUGUCUCUGGACAAGAGACCAGGAGAAGGCCUAAGGAUUUUCUGGGGGAGAACUGAGGGGUGGUCUCUACUGUCUCGUUGGAACCCGUGGUCCACUGAAGUUCCCUAUGCCACCUUCACAGAGCAUCCAAUGAAACAGACCAGUGAGAAGUUCCUUGAGAUCUGCAAGUUGUCUGAGUUCACCUCUAAGCUUGUUCCAGCUAUCGAGAAUGCCUACAAGAAUUCUGCUGGAUCUGGAAGUGGAAAGGAACUGAUGGUGUUAACCCAACCAAUCCUGAUUGAGACCUACACAGGGCUCAUGUCCUUCAUUGGAAAUCGCAACAAACUUGGCUAUUCCCUUGCUCGUGGGAGUAUUGGCUUUUGAGAUUCUUUGUUAUAAAGUGUAUCAUCUAU